AUGGCCCACGCUGUACGGGCGCUGUGGCCCCAUGGGCGAGCUGUGGCCUGGAGGCUGGGCGAUCGGCCGGCGCUGGGACUCCACGCGCAGGGCCGGGCCGGCUUCACCAGGGCAGCGGGAGGCUCAGGCCCCGCCGCUACGGCCCGCAAGGGGGGUCCACGGCUUCUGGGGGCGGCGGCGCUGGCCCUGGGUGGCGCCCUGGGACUAUACCACACGGCGCGGUGGCACCUGCGUGCCCAGGACCUCCGCGCAGAGCGCUCGGCCGCACAGCUCUCCCUGUCCAGCCGCCUGCAGCUGACGCUGUACCAGUACAAAACGUGUCCCUUCUGCAGCAAGGUCCGCGCCUUCCUCGACUUCCACGCCCUGCCCUACCAGGUGGUGGAGGUGAACCCCGUGCGCCGGGCCGAGAUCAAGUUCUCCUCCUACAGGAAGGUGCCCAUCGUUAUGGCCCAGGAAGGAGAGAGCUUGCAACAACUGAACGACUCCUCUGUCAUCAUCAGCGCCCUCAAGACCUAUCUGGUGUCGGGGCAACCCCUGGCGGACAUCAUCACCUACUAUCCGCCCAUGAAGGCGGUGAAUGACCAGGGCAAGGAGGUGACUGAGUUCUGCAACAAGUAUUGGCUCAUGUUGGAUGAGAAGGAGGCCCAGCGGAUGUAUGGGGGCAAGGAGGCCAGGACGGAGGAGAUGAAGUGGCGACAGUGGGUGGACGACUGGUUGGUACACAUCAUCUCCCCCAACGUGUACCGCACGCCAGCCGAGGCCUUGGCCUCCUUUGACUACAUUGUCAAGGAGGGCAAUUUUGGGACCGUGGAGGGCGCCAUGGCCAAGUACGUGGGCGCAGCUGCCAUGUACUUCAUCAGCAAGCGGCUCAAGCGCAGGCACCACCUCCGGGAUGACGUGCGGGAGGAUCUCUAUGAGGCUGCCAACAAGUGGGUGGCAGCUGUGGGCAAAGACCGGCCCUUCAUGGGGGGCCAGAAGCCGAACCUGGCUGAUCUGGCAGUCUACGGCGUGCUGCGUGUGAUGGAGGGUCUGGAGGCCUUUGACGACCUCAUGCGUCACACUCACAUCCAGCCCUGGUACCUGCGGGUGGAGAAGGCCAUCGCCGAGGCCCCCCAGUGA